AGCGCCGGUCUCCGACUCUCGCCCACCUUCCUUCUCCUUCCUCAAGCUCUUCUUCCUCACCGAGUGCCGUCCAAUCUCCCCUGUAUUUUCCGGCGUGUUUUAACUAGGUCGCCGGAAUCCCUAGGACGUCGUCCCUCGGUUGGCUAGGGCUCCAGACAUGGACGAGGCUUACCUGGGCCAGUUCGUGAGACAGACCAAGCUCAUCAACGAGGUCAUCCUCGGAGGUCUGCUUCCUGCCGGUGGUGGCGGAAUGCUGUCGUGGAAGGAACUCCCACACUUUGGCCAGACGUGGCUCCGGAAUGUCCUGUCUGUGGGCGCUGUCUACUUUGUUACCUGCGGCCUCUGGUGCUUCUACAUCUACUACCUCAAGCGUCAUGUAUACUUCCCGAGCGGUUCAAUACCCAAAAGAAGCACCAUGUUAAAGCAGAUCUGGUUGAGCGUGAAAUCUACUCCUCUAUAUAGCUUGCUGCCCACGGUGACCGAGUACAUGGUUGAGAAGGGCUGGACCAAGUGCUUUGCCAAUAUAGAAGAGGUUGGCUGGCCCAUCUACAUUUUCUAUACCUUGGUCUACGUGAUCCUGGUCGAGUUUGGGACCUACUGGGCUCACAGAGAGCUGCACGACAUAAAGCCCCUUUACAAGUAUGUUCAUGCCGCCCAUCACAAGUACAACAAGGAAGAUGAUCUGUCUCCAUUUGCAGGGUUGGCAUUGAACCCCAUAGAUGGUAUAAUUCAAGCGUCACCGCUAGUGAUUGCGCUCUUCCUGGUGCCGAUGCAUUUCCUGACGUACCUGGUGCUUGCCUUUGUUGAGGGUGUGUGGACCAUCAACAUCCAUGACUGCAUCCAUGGCAAGGUCUGGCCUGUCAUGGGCGGGGGAUACCACAAAAUCCAUCACACCACCUACCGCCACAACUAUGGCGGGUAUACCAUCUUCAUGGACUGGCUGUUUGGUACCCUUUGCACUCCUGAGCUGGAACCCCACGAGAAAAAAUCCUCGUGAUCACUACUACCAUAAUGUGAAGCUUGACUCUCUCUCUCUCUCUCUGUCUGUCUUUUCUCUGCAAUAAUGUAAUGUAAGAUUUGCAGUGUCUACUCCGUCUGUACGUUCUUAUACGUUAUCCAAUGUGAAGGUUGAACUGGAAAUGGAAGAUGGUUGUUAUAUUUUUACUGGA